AGUGGGCAAGUUGAAAGUCGGUUUGCAGUGUUUUAUCUUAUCGGGCGCUGCUGUUCAUUAACCCACUUUGGUUCUGCUCCAAAGUCCACAAGCAUUCUCAGGAGCGCUUCUGCUGAGCAUGUUGUGAGAGACAAGGUGCCGUGCAUGCUCGCAGGAGGAGGAGGAGGAGGAAGAAGAGAAGGAGGAGUGUGUAAUUACGUGCUGCAAAAAAAAAAAAAAAAGAAGUUGUGUGAGAUUUGCUGGAUGCAGGAGCAGAAGGUGCGCCACAUAUGAAGCUGAGCAGAGAACAUCACACACUCCGCCAUGCGUGCACGACCACAUCACUUUUACCACCAAUAGCAUCUGACUUUUUUUUUUUUUUUUAACUGACUUUUUUUUUUUUUUUUUUGCGGAGGAGACAAUCUUUUUGGACUUUUUGAAAGUUGAUGGAUGUUCUGGGAUAAUUGUUUUUCAUUUGGCGGAGCUCGCCCUGCAGGAAUGGCGCGAUAGACAAGUCCGCACCGGAACCAGAACCUUUUCACUUUUCUGUGCGCAACUUUCGUCAUGUAUUCUCCGAUUUGUCUCACUCAGGAUGAGUUCCAUCCCUUCAUCGAGGCCCUCCUCCCUCACGUCCGCGCCAUCGCCUACACAUGGUUCAACCUGCAGGCCCGGAAGCGCAAGUACUUCAAGAAGCACGAGAAGCGGAUGUCCAAGGACGAGGAGCGUGCCGUCAAGGACGAGCUCCUGAGCGAGAAGGCCGAGGUCAAGCAGAAGUGGGCCUCCCGGCUGCUGGCCAAGCUGCGUAAGGACAUCAGGCAGGAGUACCGUGAGGACUUUGUCCUCAGCGUGACGGGCAAGAAGCACCCGUGCUGCGUGAUCUCCAACCCGGACCAGAAGGGCAAGAUCCGCCGCAUCGACUGCUUGCGGCAGGCGGACAAGGUGUGGCGCUUGGACCUGGUCAUGGUCAUCCUCUUCAAAGGCAUCCCUCUGGAAAGUACCGACGGCGAGCGCCUGGUCAAGUCACCGCACUGCACCAACCCUGCACUUUGUGUCCAGCCUCACCACAUUACCGUGUCCGUCAAGGAGCUGGACUUGUUCCUCGCCUACUAUGUCCAGGACCAAGACUCACAGCAGUCAGGAAGUCCCAGUAACAAUGAGCCAGGCAAGAACCCUCUUCCAGUCUAUUUGGAGGACAGCUUCAUCAAGUCAGGAGUCUUCAGUGUUGCAGAGCUGGUGCGAGUGUCCAGAAUGCCCAUUACCCACGGUGCAGCAGUAAACUUCUCCAUGGCGGACAUGCCCGCACAACCCUACUAUCACGACCUGAACUCCAGCGUGGGGAUGCAUCGCUCGCUGUCCUCCCCGCCUGGAAGCAAAAGGCCCAAAACGGUAAACAUGGAAGAGAAUAUGGACACCAGCCCGACUGGACCGGACUUCUACUCAUCGCCCAGCUCGCCAGCCAGCAGUCGGGCAAACUGGCACGACCGAGACGGAGCAGACAUGUCCUCUCCCACCAUGAAGAAGCCAGAGAAGCCGCUGUUCAGCCCCACCUCUCCGCAGGAUUCCUCACCCCGACUCAGCACUUUUCCUCAGCCGCAUCACCCGGGCCUGACAGGCGUAGGACACAGUGUUAUAUCGACGAGGAGUCCCCCGCCGCACUCGCCGCUGCAGUUCUCAGCCUCCGCCAUUCUACCCCCGGCGCCCUCGUCCUACUUCUCGCACACCACCAUCCGUUACCCGCCCCACCUCAACCCAGCCGACCCCCUUAAGAGCUACGUGCCGUCGUACGACCCGUCCAGCCCACAGAGCAGCCAGCCCAACAGCAGCGGUCAGGUCGUUGGAAAAGUCCCAGGUCACUUCACGCCUGUGCUGGCCCCCUCCCCGCACCACGGCACUGUGCGACCCGUCUCACUCUCCAUGCCCGACACCAAGCCCAUCACCACGUCAACGGAAGGCUACUCCGCUCCCGGCACCCCGACGGCCAACCGCUUCGUCGGCCUGAGCCCCAGAGACCCCGCCUUCCUUCACCAGCAACAGCUGAGGAAGUGUGACUGGAGCGUGACUCAAAACGGCAGGCAUUAUGGCCCCAGUGCCACUGACGACACUUUGGGGAUUGCUUGGCAAAGUCCUGGUACCUGGGCGAGCUUAGUUCCAUUCCAAGUGUCGAACGGGACUCCGAUCUUGCCAACAAAUGUCCACCAGAACUACAGCAUAAGCAUCAUUGGUGAGCCGCUGGUCCCCGCAGAGAGCGGCAACUGAGCCCCGGGGGUGGGGGAGGGGGGGCAUGUGAGUGCUUAGUGAGUGGGGAGGGGGGUGCCACCAGUGGAUGAAACCAGCAAAUGUCUCAUAAUCUUACAUCCAUGCCGCCAUGAUGGACACUGGAGGAAAGCUUCAUGUGUGCCCCCUUCUCCCACCAACAUACACACACACACACACACACACACACACACACACACACACACACACACACACACACACACACACACACACACACACAC